AUGACGGACCCUGUAUUGAACGACAUCUCCCACAGGCGCUUCAACAUCCUGCGAGGAAGCUGGAUACUAGUUUCUCCGCACCGUACAAAGCGACCAUGGCAAGGUAUGCAAGAGUCACCGUCCAAGACGACUCUCCCAGAAUAUGACCCAAAGUGCUAUCUGUGCCCCUCGAACACGCGGGCAAAUGGCGAGCACAAUCCCAAGUUCAACAAGACUUUUGUUUUCGUCAACGACUACAGUGCCGUCAUGGAAGAGCAGCAAGAGUAUGACCCGAGUAACAAGGAUGCAUCUCUCGCUUCCAGAUUACUCCGCGCUGAAGCCGUCACUGGAAAGUGCUAUGUUAUCUGCUUCUCGCCCUCUCACAAUCUCACUCUUGCCGACAUGUCGCCGGCGCAGAUCGUUCCCAUAAUAGAGACAUGGACCAACAUCUACGUCGCACAUUUGGAUCCCAAGUCGCCACUAGCCAAGCUUGCAUCCGCCAUUACUAUUCCACCACUAUCACAGGGCGCUCUCGCAGUUCCGAAUGCUCAGUAUCGGUACAUGCAGAUCUUCGAGAACAAGGGCUCAGCAAUGGGCUGCUCAAAUCCCCACCCACAUGGCCAGGUCUGGACUACCACAUCCUUACCGGAAGAGCCUGCGUUGGAGCUUGUGCAGCUCAGCAAAUACCGCAAAGAGCAAGGAGGCGCACACAUGCUAGUCGAUUAUGCCGAGUUGGAGUCGAAAGAGAAGACUCGUACUGUCUUUGAGAACGAGAGCUUCUGGGCUGGUGUGCCUUAUUGGGCCGUAUGGCCAUUUGAGAUCAUGGUCGUUCCUAAGCAGCAUAAGCGGUCGCUAGUCGACUUCACCAAGGAAGAGCGAGCGCAGUUAGCAGAGUGCAUAGCGGAGAUUACCAGGCGCUACGACAACCUCUUUGAGACUCAGUUCCCCUAUAGCAUGGGUCUCCAUCAGGCUCCUCUCAGUGGUACAGCCGACGAGAUUGAGUCCAGUCAUUUCCACAUCCACUUCUACCCUCCGCUACUAAGAAGCGCCACUGUCCGCAAGUUCCAAGUUGGCUACGAGAUGAUGGCCGAGCCUCAGCGUGACAUCACCCCAGAGCAGGCUGCCGAGCGUCUCAGAGCAUGUGAUGGUGAGCUUUACCGGAAGAAGCUCGAACCUGCCCCAGCCACCAACGGUUCCACCACCACCGCCUACAUCUCUAUACACCCUACACGAACUACACAUAUUACCACCAAAAUGCCAGGAGCAAAGUACACCGAGACCUACAAAAAGGUCAGCGCCAUGGGCGAGAAGCUCAAGGCGGCUGGAAAGCAGGGUCCUAGCAACGACGAGCAGCUGCACUUGUACGCGUACGCCAAGGUAGCAGAGGGCAAGGACUUUAGUGGAGCCAAAAAGCCUGGCAUGUUCGAUCUUGCUGGCAAGGCCAAGUACAACAAGUGGAAGGAGGUUGUUGACGCCGGUACCACACAGAAGGAGGCCGAGGACAAGUACGUCGAGUUGGGUGAACAGCUACUGGCUAAGCACGACAACUAA